UGAGCUUUGGCCGGCCCAUCUGACAGACUAAAAAGUCCGCUAUUCGAACUUCCCGUGUGCCUCUACACUGUUACCCCUGUCAAAUCGAUAAGCCCACCCGGCCGCAUAGCUCAAGCCAACAAGGGCCCAACGUCGCCGAAACGUUGAAGAACAAUGCUCCCUCCAUCCUUGAGUCCGCACUGAACACUCACUCGACAAUCACUGAACAAUGGAACGACCGAUUUUGUUCUCCUCAUAACAGCUCCUUUUAAAACUCUCGAAUCCCAUUUCGACAUGCCGUCGAAUGCCUCGAAAAUCAUUACCCCUGUUACUAAACACGCGACGCAACUCCCUAUAAUUCCACUCCCGACAACGACGACCUGACCGACUGCGCUACCCGACCAAUAUUUGACUUCGACCGCACAAUACUUAGGACACGAUGCCAGGCUAUAGUGCCAACGCACAGGCUGCGCUCAUAAAGGCGGUAAGUGUCUUCGAGGAAGAGCCCUCACCGUCUUCUAGCUCCAGUCUGACCCAAGAUGCCCCUCAGAUCAAACGAGUCUUUGAGCCAAAACGCAUGGUAGAAUCAGUCGAGGACCUCAUCGACGGUGUCACCCUUGGCCUAAUUCUACAUCAACUGGAUCCUAGCUUCGACACGUCCGCCCUCGAGACAAAUUCCAAUACAUCCCGCUACUUGACAAACAAGCGCAACAUUCAGAGCAUCUACAAGGGUCUCUUCCGCUACAUUCGACGAGCAGUUCCCGAGCUUGCUUGUCAGGCAAAAAAGUUCGACUAUCAUGCAAUCGCCGAGAAUCCCGAUGCUCAAGGCAUCAGUCAGCUCUUGGCUGUCAUGCUGGGAGUAGCCGCACUAGGCCCCGAAGCUCAGCAUUAUAUUCCCCGGAUAACAGGCCUCGACAAACACACUCAGGCAGAGAUUAUGCAAAUAAUCCAGACAAUACAACAGGAUAUCAACAGCUCACAAGGCGACGACGAUGUGGAUGAAGCUAUCGACGCUGUUAUGGAGGCGCGAGACAUUGAUCUACUCGUUGAAGAGCAGAAUGCAGCCUUGAGAUCACAACUUGACUUAACAAAGAGACAGCUGUCAGAUUAUAUCACCAGGCUUGAUCAUUUACAAACAAGUCACGAAGAGCUCCGGUUUGAUAAAGAGAAGAACGACCGGGAGCUCGAGGUCUUGCGGAAGGCCACUAUAGAUGGUGCUAACAAUGCCGAGAUGAUCAAGAACCUAGAGGUUCAGGUGCAUGACCAGAUGGAACUCAUUGCUAGACAUGAGGAAACAAUACGAAGAGACGAGCGCAUCAAGUCGCAACUCGAAGCUGAAGUCCUCAAAUUGACAGAAAAAUGUAAAGAGGCAGAAGAGCUUCGCGACCAAGCAACGGAAUGGAAACACAAAGCUGAGGAUCUCGAGAAGAAAGCCAAUACCGCAGAGCGGUAUAAGCAGAAACUCGAGUCCCAGCAACAUCUCGUCAAGGAGGUGCAAAACCUGCAAUAUGAGAAGACAGAGUUACAAGACCAGAUUAAAAUUCUGCUGGAAGACCAAGAUAGGGGGAAUCGUACAAGGAAAGCAGAGGAUGAGUUGACCAAGAUGAUUACUCAGUCCGAGCAACACCUUUGGGACGAACGCAGCCAGAAGAACCAGCUGAUGAAGGACAUCGCAGCACUGGAGGACGAGGUAAUUCGCUUGAGAGCACGCCAAAGCCACGAUGAGAACUUCAUCAAGGAUCUGCAGGAACAACUAGAAAGUGGAGGAGCCGCACAAAGCGCAGAACCUGGCGUAUUAGGUCUGGCAGGAAAUCUCGAGGAUGAACUUAACGAUGCAGCUACCGAGGACGGCCAACCUAGCCAAGUUAACCUACCUCUAGAACUAUCUCGCCUCAAGGCCGAGAACGAUUUGCUGCGUAGCACAGUCGGCUCUGGGGAUACUGCGCCGCUACGCCGAGAACUGGACGAAGAGAAACGACAACGUGCUCACCUUCAAAAGAACUAUAACGACAUUUUUGAAAAGCAUGCUGUUUUGCAUGAUCAAAUGGAGGCUCUGAUCAAUAACAUGACCGGCGAAGGGACCAAGGCCUUUCUCAACAUUAAACAGUCAUUAUUGCAGUGUGAAUUCGAGCUCGAACAGUCGAGGAAGAGGGAGAAGGACCUCUCCGUUCAGGUGGCAGAUCAAGGCCGCGAACUUCUUGCUGCUAAGGCUCAGCUCUCGGCUCUCGACAAAGAGGGAGCAGAUGCUCUUAAGGAGCUCAAGAGCGCUGAUGUUACCAUCAUCUCAUCCCUCAAGUCUGAGCUCGACUACACCAGAGAGCAGCUCAGCUACACCAUUGCUGAGCGAGAUGCGCAGCAAACCCAGCUCGUCGAUGCUCUCCUUACCAAGGAUAAGCUGCGUAAGGAGGUUGAAGAGGGCCGGGAGCUGCAAGACAUCAAUGGUACAGGUGAUGCACCACCUGACCCCAGCAAGAAGGGCGAGCUCAUUGAGAAGCUGCGUGCCCGCCUCAGAGAACUCCGCGAGGUGAGUCCAUUGUUUGAUGCAAUUCUUAAUGGUGAUGGGGAAGACCCAGUGGUCUCAGACAAAGAUAGCCAGACAUCGUUAGAAGACGAUGCCGCUUGGCCUUUGGAUCCCACAUCUGCAGAUGGUGGACCGAGUCUAUCGCUAGAUCCUAUUGGAACUGUGAUCCUGAGACCUGCUUCUGCUCUACUACCCCUGCGUCCCCUCCAGCGAGGGCAAGUAGGGAAGCUAGAGGGACCUAUUGUUAUGCAUGCGCAAUCCGGUAGAUUUAGUUGGCUGACAGAUAUGUUCUAGCAACUGGAACGAUCAGAGACGGACAGAAUCGACCUGCAACGGAAGCUCAAGGCAGCACACGAUGGGGAGGCUGUGGCUGCACAAAAGGCUGCAAGCGAUCAAAUUAUCCGGAACCUUGAAAGAGAGAACGCUCUCAUCUCAUCAGCAUGGUAUGAUCUUACGAGCAGGCUUCAGAGCAACCAUGUCGUUUUGCAAAGACGGCACGAAGCUCCGCGGAGCUGGCUCAACAAGCAGAGGCAGAUGGUCAAUGGUCAGUUGCGCUUCCGCGACUCGCUCUACCUCUACUGACCUUCCCCUGUCAGCGACCCCGAAGCGAUAGGUACUCGCGGGGUGAGAAAUCCCUCGCUAUUUUAUGAUAAGACUCAACGAAUUACGCUCUCAAGUUGUGUGACAUAACCCCUACUACCUACGUUACCAAACGCCAGUCUCUUCCUCGACGUAUUCACUCCUACCCAUACUGGCUUAUCUUACCCGGCUCUCAAGAUUGCCCCUUAUCCUUUCUUGAUCCCGACAUUCUCAUAAUUGCCGACACCGCCUUGGAAAUUCAGGGCGUCGUAUUUUCCUCUUUCUUAUUUUUUGAAGCAUUGCGAGGGAGCUUGGUGUGUUUCUCAAAAACGGGCGUACUUUUUUGGUAGACUGGUGGGUAGGAGGGUUUUUGCAUUCAAUGAUAUCAUUAGUAUAGAUGUUAUGCCGAGGGGACCUACAAAGGGCUCCAAAUGCGUUUCAAUAGAGACUCGGGCCAAACAUCGCAGAGUCAUAGCUUGAUCAGUAUUGAAACUGAGGUUGUGUAAGGCGAUUCGAGGACUUUGAUCUGGGUUGAAGG